AAUGCUAUUCUGUCGAACAUGCAAGAACAAACGUGUUGAUUCUACAAAACCAGAGAGUACUAGAACAGAUGAAGCUGGAGCUUCAGAUUUAGAUCAGCAUAGAAAUUCAACUGGAGAUAAUAGAUUGGCUCGAAAUAGACCACCAGUUCCAACGGCACCUCCUACUUGCGCCCCGGGCACUGUAUCUCAGAAUUGCUACCCGAGAGGGCCAUUACCUUCAUAUGAUGAAUGUCUUUAUUAA